GCCAAUGUGCCACCAGUACAACUCAGGAAACGAAGAAGAAGAAGAAGAAGAACCAUUGGAAGGGGGAAAAAAAGGAGAGGGUGUAGUAGUUUGGUUUACAACAAGCCGUUUUAUUGAUUCGAGAUCUAUAAAUUACUGAUAACAUCAAUCUGAGAUGUACUACUAUCGCUAUGACAACCCUGAGGUCAGCUGCUGCUACAAGUAUCUGAUGUUCAGCUACAACAUUAUCUUCUGGCUGGCAGGAGCGGCCUUCAUCGCUGUGGGUUUCUGGGCCUGGAGUGAGAAGGGAGUCCUAUCCGACCUGACCCAGGUGACCCGGAUGCACGGUUUUGACCCAGUCUGGUUGGUUCUGGUUGUUGGUGGCAUCACCUUCACCCUGGGUUUUGCAGGCUGCGUUGGAGCUCUAAGAGAAAACAUUUGUCUUCUCAAGUUUUUUUCAGGCGUAAUUGGCCUGAUCUUCUUCCUGGAGCUGACUGCAGCCAUUCUGGCCGUGGUUUUCCGGACUCAAGUUAAAGAUUGGAUCAAUGACUUCUUUCUACAGAACAUCAAGGCGUACAGAGAUGACAUCGACCUGCAAAAUCUCAUUGAUUCUCUGCAGAAGAUGAACCACUGCUGUGGCGCUCAGGAACCAGACGACUGGAACACAAAUGUUUAUUUCAGCUGUAACGACACCAACCGCAGCAGAGAGAGGUGUGGCGUUCCCUUCUCCUGCUGCCUCGCUGAUCCUGCUGAGUCUGUGGUGAACACGCAGUGUGGCUACGAUGUACGAGCGAGAGAUAAUAAGAAGGAGUGGAAUAGCGUCAUCUACGUUAAAGGGUGCAUGGCAGCGCUCGAGGACUGGUUACCCAGAAACCUCUACACUGUCGCCAUCGUCUUCAUUGUCAUCUCACUGCUACAGAUGGUUGGGAUCUACUUGGCCAAAACUUUGAUCUCUGACAUCGAGAAGGUCAAAUGCAGACGCUGAGGCCUCUACCUGAAGAGGGCGGAGCUCAAACCAGGUGUUACAGGAACAGGCUUCGGUUGUUGGAUGUGCCUUCAUCUUCUUGAUGUCAUCAGCAGACUUCCUGUGGUUGCUAUGGUUACCGGAGGAGUGUCAAACUGAGAAUGUUGGUUGGUUUUCUGUUGUUCUUUAGUUUGUUUGGUGUCAUGUGACUGCCUUUACUUCUGCUACCGUUUAACGGCUGUUUUCACCUCAGAGGCCUUUCUGCUUGCUCAGUCCUCUGACUGCAGUUAUUGGUCCCAUCUGUUAUUAAUCUUUAGUUAACAAAAUGUAAAAGUAUCCCCUCUGACCAGUCCUGUUCCCAGACGGGCACUGGUCCCAGUUUGGUUCCAUGCUGGGCUGCAGACUGAUUCUGAUGACCGAGGCUCAAACUGCAGGUUUAAAGAGGAAAGCGUGUAAAUGUGAAUAUUGAAAACUUUAUUGACACUGGAAAGGGGGUUGAAGAAGUAAAAAUAAAGUUUUGUUUGGAGGGUGAAUGAAAACUGCUUCUGGAUGUUGAGUCAGCUGAUGAGUGAUUGAACUUUAUUAUGAAGGGACUCAUUUUUAUACGUGAAUUUUUAUCUUUUUAUAUUCAGUGUAAUAAAAUUGAACUUUG